AUGUCCACAAAUUCUUCUCCUCUUGUUUAUACGCUGGAGACACUGGCUUUACCCGACGCCAGCAUUUACCCGAUGUUCUUCUUGGGGACUUUGACGUACGUGUUGCUCACGUUCUUCAACGUGCUCUUGUUGACCACCAUCGCUCUGAACAAGAAGCUACACAAGCCCAUGUUCAUCCUGCUGUUCAACCUGCCGCUCAGCGACAUGGUGUGCGCCACGGCGUUUUUCCCUCACUUCAUUUACAGCAUCAUGACACAAGACAGACUCAUCAACAAGCCUGCAUGCAUCAUCCAGGCUUUCCUGAUCCACUUCUACGGCACGGGAAACAUGUUGAUCUUGACCGCCAUGGCUUACGACCGCUACGUCGCUGUGUGCUGCCCCUUGAGAUACAACACCAUCAUGUCGCCACCCAACCUGGUGAGGAUUAUCACCACCGUGUGGCUGAUUACCUUCUUGGUCAUCGGCGUGUUGUUCUUUCUGCUCAUGCGUUUGAAAGUCUGCCGGAGGAAUGUGGUCGAUUUGUUCUGCAACAAUCCGUCGCUCCUGAAAAUGGUCUGCGAGGACACGACCGUCAACAACAUCUACGGGUUAAUGAUGAUGUGCGUGGUUCAGGGCGGGUCGCUGGCUGUCGUCAUGUACUCGUACGUGAAGAUCUUGCACGUGUGCUUCGUCACGAGCCAGACCGACACUCGCAGGAAAGCCAUCCAGACGUGCGGCACGCACUUAAUCGUCUUCUUGAUCUUUCAGAUCAACUCGGUCACGACGCUCAUCUCUCAUCGCAUUGUGAACGCAAACCCGUACGUGAGGAGGCUCCUCGGUGUGUCCAUCCUCGUGUUCCCACCUUUUUUGGAUCCAAUCAUUUACGGACUGAAAUCAGCAGAACUGAAGCAGAGCCUUAGAAUGUUCCUAAAAAGAAACGUAGUGGGUGUCAAGUUGUAA